UUCUGAAAAAUACAGAAUGUCCCCGGUUUAUUUACUUUUUUCUCGGCGGGAAUUGUGCUGAUGCAGGAUUCAUAGCGUUCAUUAGCUCAUCCAGACGGGAUGGGCAAGUUACACCAUACAUCAAACGAAAGCCUCAUAGCGGCGACAGGAAGGUAGAGCUCCGUUGAAUCAUAGAAACAGUGGUUGGACGGAGACGAGGGACGGCCGUGCGGGUGAGGUUGGGGGUCGUUGUGGUGGGGAUGCACACAACAGACAGCACCAGACCAGGGGAGGUGGCCGGGACUAUCUUACAGCAUCAAGGCAGCGAGGGCAGCACCACCGACGAGAGCGGCACCCAGCGAGAACUUGGAAGUGCUAGCGGAGCUCUUGGCGGGGGUGGCAACAGCAGGGGCAGGAGAGACCGGGACGGGAGCAGGGGAGACAGGAACGGGAGCAGGAGAAAUCGGGACGGGAGCAGGGGAAAUGGGAACGGGAGCGGGGGCGGGGGAGGUAGGCAAGAAGUUGGCACCGCAAAGCUGAUCAAGCUGCGGGGUCAGGCUCUGGAACUGGGCAGCAGCAGCGGCGGAGGUGGUGGGAUUGGCUUCGAACCACAAAAUGAUUUCGCGGAGGCACUCGGUGCAGAGGUACUUCUGGAUGGUGGCAGCAUCCGUGGCCGUUUGUGCCAUCUGGAGGUUGCUAAUGACAUCGUCGUAGCAGUAGUUGCCGCUGGUGUCCUUGAUGCACAGGCCGGCAGAGGCACACAGUUGGGCACCGGUGACAGUGCUUUGAGCCUGGACGGCGGAGGCGGCGACGAGGGCAACGAGACCAGCAAGCUUGAACUGCAUAUUGAAUGUGAUGAGGAGAGUGUCGAGUGGAAACUUGGGAUCUGGUUGCUCUGAGGACGGGGAUUGAGAUGUGGU